UACUGAUUCCCCAUUCAAUGGACGUCAUUUAGUGCAGUCUGCCUUGAGUUGCUUCCUCGCUUCACGCUCGAUUUACGACCAUUCUUCUCUUAUUAGGUAUUCGUGUAAUAUUAAGUCAUGAAUAUCUAAACUAUUAAGAGUGCAGAGGAAGAGGAAGAUCUGUGCUAACAUGAGCUCAAGCGAGGGAACAGUUCGCUGACAGAGCCUGGAGACGCCAAGGGGAUCUAAGAAACUUUAGAGAAAAUCAUUGCAUCUAAAGAGCAGAUGAAGAACAGUGGGAAUUUACCCAGAUUGUGAUGGAUUAAUGAUUUAUUUGAACGCUGGCCACCGCCACCUCGCCCUACAAUUAUCACUGGCUUUAUUUAAUUUGCACGUUCAUUUUCGUCUUGUCCCUCUGAAAUUCUUGUCUUUUGAAGUCCUCGGAAAUCCUCUCUGAUGUUAGUGCACAGUUUUUCCGCGAUGGAUCGCCAUGACGGGACCAGCAAUGGCACAACCCGUUUACCCCAACUAGGCAGCGUGGGCCAGUCUCCGUACACCAGCGCUCCUCCGCUCUCUCACACGCCUAACUCAGACUUCCAGCCUCCAUACUUUCCGCCACCCUACCAGCCCAUCUACCCGCAGUCUCAGGACCCUUACUCUCACGUUAAUGACCCGUACUCCAUCAAUUCACUGCACGCCCAGCCUCAGACACAGCACCCGGGCUGGCCCGGCCAGCGGCAGAGUCAGGAGAACAGCCUGCUGCACCAGCACCGCGGGUUAACGCAUCAGUUGUGCAGAGAGUACCGCAGAGAAGUGCUACUUCCCUCUGGUCACGGCAUUGAGACUGGACUCACUGAUUCAAUCCCUAUCCACGGAAUACCUCACUCUUUAGAAGAUGUUCAGCAUGUUGAAGAUCAAGGAAUUCACAUCCCAGACCAAACUGUAAUCAAGAAAGGUCCUGUUUCCAUAUCCAAAAACAACAGCAAUAUAUCUGCCAUACCAAUAAAUAAAGACGGGCUUUUUGGAGGUGUGGUAAACCCAAACGAAGUAUUCUGUUCGGUUCCGGGUCGUCUGUCUCUUCUUAGCUCAACGUCAAAAUACAAAGUCACAGUAGCGGAGGUGCAGAGAAGGCUUUCUCCGCCGGAGUGCCUUAAUGCUUCCCUGCUUGGCGGGGUUUUGAGAAGGGCCAAAUCUAAGAAUGGCGGAAGAUCUUUAAGAGAAAAACUAGAUAAAAUCGGAUUAAAUCUACCAGCAGGAAGGCGCAAAGCUGCCAAUGUUACACUCUUGACAUCACUGGUCGAAGGCGAAGCGGUGCAUCUGGCCAGAGAUUUUGGUUAUGUAUGCGAGACUGAGUUUCCAGCCAAGGCAGCAGCUGAAUACAUGAACCGACAGCAUUCCGACCCAAAUGAACAAGUCCAAAGAAAAAACAUGUUAUUGGCAACGAAACAAAUCUGCAAAGAGUUCAUGGACCUGCUCUCUCAAGACCGCUCACCUUUGGGGAAUUCACGUCCACAGCCAAUUCUUGAGCCUGGGAUUCAGAGCUGUUUGACCCACUUCGGUCUUAUUUCCCACGGAUUCGGGACUCCAGCCAUGUGCGCGGCCCUUACGGCGCUGCAGAACUAUCUGACGGAGGGCAUUAAAGCCAUGGACAAAAUCUACCUGAACAACAAUCCUAACAGCCACAAUGAGACGGGGUUGAAGGGGGGUGACAAAGACGAAAAGCACAGAAAGUGAUGUCCGACUACCACAUCCCAAUUGAUGGCAAAAUACAUAUAUAGCAAACACUAGAGAUCAAGAUGAAACACUGAACGCAGCACCUCCAGAGCUUGACACUAUGAAACUUUAUAUAUAUAUAUAUAUAUAUAUAUAUAUAUAUAUAUAUAUAUAUAUAUAUAUAUAUACAGUUCAACUUGGGAUUCGUGGACAAGGCAUUUCUUUAAAAAUAAAGCAGUAUGCCAAUGAAAGGAUUAUAGAUCUGCCACGGAAGGACUUUUCAUGAACUCCCUUUGUAUGAGUUCAGCGGUUCAUCCCCUCUGUACGAUUGUAAUCGAUUGUACGAAAUGAUCUUACAAUCAUUUACGAUUGUAUCCAUGUGACAAGAAGCUGAAAAAGGAAGAUGAUUUUAUUUUAUUUUUUAUCAGUAUUGUGAAUAAUGAACCUGAAAUAAAUCUACAGCUCCAUGCCAUGACUUCAAGCCUGACUUUUCACUUGACCAAGUGAGAAACUUGAAAUUCAACACGAUUCACGGUUAUAUAAGGGAAUCUGUGUUCAUGUAUGUACAUAUUUAUUUAUGUGUAAUUUAAUGGGAAUUGUAAAUAUGGUACGUCUGUUCAAACUACUUCUUUUUUUAUUUUAUUUAUCUGGUGCCUCCAGUUUUAGUGGGUUUGAAUAUUCGCUUAGUUCUUCAUGUGAUUUUAUGGUUCUUAGAAAACAGAAGUUUGGCAUAUUCUUCUCUGGGAUAUUUCAAUUUAGCCCUUUUGUAGCAUGUUGAGGCGACACUGAAGGAAGUGAACAAAUUUAAAAGAAACAAACAUCAAUUUCUUUAUAUAUUAUCCUUAUGCCAUUCAGUUUUAGAUCGAAAAAGGUCAUUGCAAAGACCCCGGCGAUGCUUUUGUGUUUAUAUCUUCUUGUUUUUAUACAAGCUUUUUAUGUGUUGUGCUAAUCACCUCUUGUUCUUCCCUCAACGCACCACAAGAGCAAUAAAUGGAUAUUGUCUUACAAAUUCUUCUUCCUUUUCUUCCCAUUUUAAAAUAAAUUCAACAUUUGGGAUCAUCUGA